AAUACGACUUGUACAUAUCUACAGAGAUAACAUCAACAGCAUCGAGUGGGGGCCAGACACUCUGUGCAGACCCAUUCAUCUCUCUCUUCCUGCCCUCUUUAUCCCACUGGACCAUCCCGUAUGGGCUCUCUACUCCCCCAUAACACCCUGUUCACGCGGUCGUUCACUCGGACAUCGUCACCUCCGCAGCUCAGUACUCGGUCCUCCCGUUCCUCUUAUACAUCAUACCGUCGAUACUUUAUCCCAUUCAUCUGUCUAUCCGUCCUGAUCUUCUACGAGUGCUGGGUCAGACACCUCCAAUCUCAGCUGCACACAGCUCGUUCAUCCCAACAAGUCGUCUUUAUCGGCAAUGGAGCCCCUCUCGGAGAAAUACAACAUGGCUCAGCUUCCAUCAAGAGAUUGAGGAAUGCCUAUGCGUUUAAACGGAGACGCGAAGACCUCGUCAAGAGACUACCAGGUCCUCUCAUUGGCCAGAUAGUUCCGGAUGAUGUGUCCACUGGGUCGAACGAAGCAAGUGGGACUUGGCUCAAUGUCCCUCAUUCUCAAGUGGAGAUAAUCGGGUCUUGGCUCAAUGGAGUUUUCCAGAUCAACAAAAAUGACAAUCGUUUGGCUAGGACCGGUCUGAAUUGGACCAUGGACGAUGAGGAAAGGUUGAACGCAGAGGUGGAUAGUCAUUGGCCAGCUUGGUGGGCCAAUGCGGACAAAGUGGCCAGCCCAUGGGAUUACAAACCCAGAGAUAGAGAGGAACAGGUCAGGAUGUUGUUCUUGACUGACUAUAAAGACUAUCUUGAGCGAAUGAACUCCCACACUUAUGAAAUCGUCGAUGCUGCAUUACGUAUACCAUACCUCAAAGUCGACGUCUGGGGUCCUGGAUGGGCAGGAUACAAUCGGUCUUUAUCCGUUGCGGCAAACGUCAGGAGGAGACAGUGCAGACUACAACAGCAGGCGCUGUCAAAGGCGAAGAGAAUGGUCGAUCAGGUGCCUCUCGCUGCUGGUCAAGCAUUGAGUAGAUAUGCUCGGGAAGAGGAGAGAGACACAGAUACUGCCAUUGACGAGCUCAUGUCGGAAUCCGAAGACCUCGAUUGCGGAUGUACGGACAAGAGCUUUGAUGUCGUUUGGACUAUCUCCGAUAUUUUCUCUCGUCACGAUCCAUUGCUCGGUCCGUUGGAUUGUGGAUCCCUCCUUGUUCAACAAAUUGGUGACUGCCACAAUUUGGUCUGCUUCAACGAAUGGUACCCAUAUGCGAACAACAUCACCCUUUCCAAGUACGCCUUUGAGAUUGCGGAGAUCUUUGAUCAUGUCAAGGUCAAGGAGAGAUAUCCAGGGUACGAGAUGGGCAUUUUUGGACACAGCCCAGACUCUGGCAAUGAAUGGGACUUCUAUCCCAUGCCUUGGUCUGAGAAACAGGCCAACGUCACUGUCUUUGGGUAUCAGGGCUCUUUCUAUCCGAUCCGAUUCACUGUCUCUUUCAGCUUGGACUACGAUCCUGUGCCAUGGAUACGGAAGCACCCGCAUCCAGGCUACACCAUCGAUCAACAGGAUGAAGCCUUUAAAUAUCCAUUGGAGACGUACACUCGGGAACAUAAAUAUUACGCGGCUCAGGAAAGGAUACGAAGGGAAUUCGCCCAAAGCAUGAGAGAGUCUCAGAUCUGUCUCUUUGAUGCGAGUCUGGAAAAGAAGAUGAUCCGCAAGUUUGCCCAAGCGCUACUCAGUGGCUGUGUGAUCGCUGCAGACUUGCCCACCGAGCAGGAGCAAGCCCUUUCACGGUUCGUCAUCCCUUUAUCUGCCUCUUGGGAUAUGUCAAGGAUACAACAAGAGCUCUUGUGGUACUUGGAGCGGCCAGAGAAACUGGAGCAAAUGGCUCUUGACGGUUUCGUCUACGCUCGGCAACACUUGACCACGACGCGCAAAGUCGACGAUGUCGUUCGAAUGUCUGAAGAGCAUCGCGCUGGCGUUCGAGGCUAUGACUUUCCCUUCGGGUUCUCGUCAAAGUGCCGAAGGUACUGGAGUGAUGACGAUUCCUAUCGACCUCCGUGGUGUACAUAGUGUAUCGAACCUCGUUGGCGAUAGUGUGCACGCUCAGCCUUUCGACAGGGUAGACGGUCGGUCCUCCAACAUCGAGGUAUCAAUCUAGCUUCGUGCGACCCGGAUUCUCGGACGCUGUCCGGAACCCGCAAUCUCGUUUCCAGUAUUGCACGGCCUUGUGGCUCGACGCACCGGUGUGUGAUCAUCUUUUGGUAAAUUUACUUGUAGCUCUGUGUCCUGCCGUUGUAGUAGUAUCAAUCCAAAGAUAUGCA